CGGACCUGAAAAAAAAAAAAAAAAGAAGAUAGAUCUUGCAAAAUUGCCUGUCGAACGAUCAUCGAUCGUCGGGACGUGAAACGCGCGAACCAUCGAAAAUAACAGAGCAGCGCUCUUUCUCGUAAAUGUUCUCGCCGAGUGGGUCCGUCAUAAUAGUGACAUAAUACGGGCAACCAUGAAUUUCGAUUUCCUUCUUUCACGGGAGUUGAAAAUUUGAAAGUCGACGAGUUUCUACUGGCGUUUCUUUUGCAUUCUUUCCACCUUUGUUUCGUAGAUUUUUCGUUUUGAAUGUGGCGGAUGAGGGUAUUUCGUCGACUCGACGGACAGGCAGGCAAGUCACGAGUGAAUGGCGCGUAAGUGUGCACCGUAUGUUUGCCAGACAGGGUACGAAGACUCGUUGAAACGGAGGAUGUAAACGAACGAGCGACGAAUUUGAGAGGACCGGUUAAGAAGGCUGAAAUUCGCAGCGGCGGAGACGGGGAAGGCAGCCGUGAAAGAUGGCGAUGGUUCGGAACACGACGUUUUUGAACGUGAUACAAAGUGACGACGAGGAGGAUGAUGGUUACGUACCGUACGACCAACGACCUGAAACGUAUAUAGUACCUGUGGUAUUCUUAUUAAUCCUGGUGGUCGGCGUAAUUGGAAAUGGAAUCCUGGUGUUUACUCUGUUGUGUGAUGCCAACAUGAGAAACGUGCCCAACACAUACGUGCUCUCUCUAGCUUUGGGCGAUCUUCUGGUGAUCAUAACAUGCGUGCCGUUCACGUCGUUCCUCUAUACGAUCGAGUCGUGGCCGUGGGGCCUGGCAGUUUGCAAAUUGUCCGAGUGCGCCAAGGAUAUUUCGAUCGGCGUCUCAGUUUUCACUCUGACCGCGUUAUCAGCCGAGAGGUACUGCGCGAUCGUAAAUCCCAUUCGCCGCCACGUAGCCGGACUGAGUGCGAAACCAUUAACAAUACUAAUAGCCUGCCUUAUUUGGAUACUGGCGAUUAUUCUGGCGAUGCCAGCUGCCUUUUUCUCCCACGUGCCGAUCGUACCUUUGCUGAACAACAACAGCAUCCUCAUCUGCAGCCCUUUCCCCGAGGAAUUCGGCGAGAGCUAUCAAAAGGGGAUGGUGAUGUUCAAGUUCCUAGCUUACUACGCGAUACCGCUUCUCGUGAUAACUGGAUUCUAUCUGGGAAUGGCACGACACCUCGAGCUCUCCACCAGGAAUAUGCCCGGCGAGUUGUCCACCGGGUGUCAUCGCAUGGAGCAAAUCAGAGCACGGAAAAAGGUCGGAAAGAUGGUGAUCUCCUUCGUAGUUAUCUUCUUCAUUUGCUUCCUGCCGUACCACGUGUUCAUGCUGUGGUUCCACUUCUCUCCGUCGUCCGAGCAAGACUUCGACGACUUCUGGCACGCCUUCAGGAUCGUUGGCUUCUGUUUGAGCUUCGUCAACAGCUGCGUUAAUCCAAUUGCCCUUUACUUUGUCAGCGGGACAUUUCGCAAGAGAUUCAACAGAUAUCUUUGUUGGUGCGUGUCAAGGAGGAGCCGCGGUGUUUGUCGAACAGAGACGAUAGAGAGUUCGGACAGGAACGGCAGCCGAGGUGUGAGUUUUUCGCGAAGGCGGCGUUGCGGUGGCCGCGACACCCUCAACGAGACCAGCUUCACCUCCACGAUUCGUAGAGACACUCAAGAACUGAACACGACUGCUCUCUACGAUCUAACCGACGAGACUGCGAGGCCCACCUGAAAACUUUAGAUCGUCAGCCAAUUUUGCUUUCCUUUUUUUUUCUUUUUUUUGUUUGAGAACGAUCGCGCGACAUGGAGACGAACGAAGAAAACUUCAACGAUGGAAGCUGUUGAAAAUAGAGGACCAUUGCAAGUAAUAGAAAUUAAGCAACACUUCAAUGAACUUCUCAUUAUAAUGUGCGAUGUUCGCGAUGAUUUUUUUUAAUCGAUCAAAGAACAGUCGCGCAGCUUCAGCUUUAGGAAUUUAGGUUAAGGAUUUUCGACCGAUUUCGACGCGAAAUAGAGGAAACGAUACUUCGAUAUCCUCGAGUGAACGACGAUUCGGUGACGAGAGGAACUGGUUCUUGGAAAUAAAAAAAAAAAGUACAUGCUUUCGAGGCGUUCAACAGCGAUAAUUUCCCAGUCGAUCAACGAACAGACGUACAUAUGUACAACUACAGAGACUUAAGUUAAGAAUUCUCAACGUCGUUGAUAUUUUACCAAUUUCAACGCAACAUAACGAGGCGACACUUUGAUCCUCGAACGAUGAAAAGAACCGGUUCUCGAAACGAGGAACACGCAUUCAAUCGCGAUAAUUUUCUAAUCGAUCCACGAAGAAACGUAUAGUUGUUUCGAGAGUGAGUUUCAAAACUCCCUAAGAAGCUAGCUAAUAUUUUGAUCGCUAGUUCAGUGUCGAUGGGAACCGGUUCUUGAAACGGAGCUAAUAUUUUCAUCGCUACGAAGGACACUCUCGACCAAUUGCCUCUGAGAGUAACAAGUAACAAACGAACAACGGAAUGUUCCCGAGGCAAGCAGUAACUAACAUUCCGAUCGCUUUGAACAAUUAUCUUUCGACCGUUUGACUAAUCGUCCGCGACGCAGCUACGCUGUUUUCUCGCGGUGCGCGUCGCUAAAAGUAAUAAAAGAUCGAUCGUAAUCUAAACUCGAAUUUCCAGGCAAAAAGAACCAUCUCCGUUCCAUCAAACCUUAAUUAUCCCGUUCUCGAUGGCAAGUGGAAUUAAUUCACCACCAACCUGUCGAUAUUCUUGGCCAAUUGCAAUCCUUUCCUCUCCCCACUAUGGUGGCCAAUUCCUAUCUCUUAUCGCGAUUAUCAGUGUUCGUCGAUUCUUCAACGAAAGCUACUCUAAUGGAUCGUAUCGCGACCGAGUGCACAACGUAAGAGAGAGAGAGAGAGAGAGAGAGAGAGAGAGAGAGAGAGAGAGAGAGAGAGAGGAGAGAAGCUAGCGUUAUUGAAUCGCGUGGCAAAAUUUAAUUAGAGACGGCGAAUAAAGGGGAUUCUGUGCAUUAAUUGUGUUCUGUCUGACGACCUUGCCCCCUUCGCUUGUUAAUCGGGAAUUCCCUGUUUGACGCGCACUCCUGUUAACAGGAUUUAGCAUCCUCACGUCUAUUGGCCGUCGCGUUUCCGUACGUUAUAGACGUACCCGUCGUUCAGAUAACGUCUGGACGUCUUCUCGAUACCCCCUAUUAUGACUGUAAUUAGGCCACGAAGCGACGGAAGCGUUUCCAAGUGAAUCGAUACGAGUGUGUGUAUUAAACAACCUGGAGCUAACCAAUUUCUGCUGUGUUCGACAGAAAUCUCUCUCUCAAUUUACCCUCUUCCUACUCCCUACCCCAAUCUUUCUGUGUGGCGAGAAUAAAAAUUGAUUCAAAAGAGACGGGACAGGAGGGUUUUGUUAUUUCGGUUCGGUGCAGGCCCGGCAGUGUGCUGGAGUGGCUGGUGAAUCUUUCGAGAAGGUCGCUGGUACUUUCUAAAGAUUUUUGGGCAAACUUUAUUCAUCGUGUUUUAUUUAAAUUCAAAAUCUGAGAGGCAGUGAUCAUUAUAUUGAGUAUUUUUUUUUUUUUUUUUAAAUAUUGCAUUGAUGAGCAGAGAAAAUGAAAUUAUAGGUGCGUAACUUUUAAGUUACGCGAAGGUGAUAAGUGGAGAUCUAUUUCACCUAGUUCUGGGUCUCCUAAUGGAAAAAAGCCUCGAAUUCAAAAGUCUGACAACGUUAAAUUAAAACUAUUUCCUUCUUGCAAGAAAUUCUCAAAAUUCUGUUACAAAUAUUAGCGUAAACUUUUCAGUAUACGUAUACCUCACUCGAUAACAUUCUAAUUGAAAACUCUCAAGAAUUUAAAAAUAGAAAGAAAACAAAUUAGAUAACAAAGGAUGAUUAAAAUUAUGACUUUCUCUCGGUCAAACAGCCAUUUCAACAAACUGCAGUGUUCUCCAAACAACGAAAACUUUCACGAAGAAAAUAAAUAAGACGAUCGUUUCGAGAGCUCGCGCUUCGCUCAAAAGGAAAGCGGGUGAAGACUGGUUAAAAGCAGGAAUCGGAGGAGUCUGAGAAGAAUUUUUCCGAACAGGGCGAAAUCAUGCCGCGAUCGAUAACAGCGUUUAAUUGUCGAAAAAACAAACUUCGAAUGGAAGAAUUUGUGCGAUGGUUCUCUAGCAGCUGGCCUGCCAGUUGGAACUUUAUUUGGCAAUUCACUCCUUUUCUACGAAAUUUCAAACGCCUCCUUUCUGCAAUUGAGUGCAAGAGAGAUGCGAACGACAGCGAAAUGUUUAGUGCCAGUGCCAGCCUCAUGAACUUGAAACAUUUAGUUUAAGCUGUUACGUCAAUAAUAAAUUUCUCUAGCUUUCACCGGCAUGUAAAUUUCAAAUCAGUAAAAAGCU